AUGGACGACUAUAACGAUAUCUGGAUAAUACCAUACUCCGAUAAGGACACAUACCCAACAAACCAUGAGCCGCAGUCCAAAACUACUAUCUGA